GCGGAAGGGGACGCCGUGGUAGGGCAGUUGGAAGCUGAGGUGGGAGCGACUGGGCCGAGCCGACCACACUGAGCGAGACAGCGGCUGGAGCAGGGCCGUCUUCACUCACUCAGUUCGCGCCCCAGAAUCCUCCGGCCCCGGCUCGAGCCGAAUAGGAGGGCCUACUGGCCGAGUGGCGGCGCCCGCAUGGCGUUUGGGCAUCUCGCGCGCCGUGUCGUGGCCUCAGAGGAACGUUGCCGCGUCUGCUAUCCGUGGGGCCGGCCGAGCGGGAGGCAGGCUCCGUACAGACGAGGAUGAUCUCAAUGGAUUCCUAGGGGUCUUGUCGCCGCCGUGCGAGCCACUGGGGCCCCUAGAGCUCCGGGUGCUGGUAGCGUCACUGGACAAAGGGCCCCGGGUGCGGGGGUGUCUCCAGGGCCGUUGCGCGGGCUUACUUCCUCCCGGGACCCCACGGGAGCGCUUCUUUCUUGGCUGAUCCCAAAGCCCGCCCCGACACUGUCCCGUCACCAGCGGCUCUGGCUGCAUGGGACCAGCAGAACUAAUCCUACCCCGCAGAUGUAAUCCGGAUCGGGACUCGGUCCCAGGGGAGGCCCUCACCGCCCCUUCUAUUGUUUUGAGACCCAGGUGAGCUCCUCAUUCCCACUAGACUCAGUUUCACCGCCUACUCCUAGGUCCGCCUCCUGGGACUGGAAAUAGGGGGCUUCUAUUCUGGCCCCAGGGCAAGCCCCCGCCCCGCCCCCGCCACGGCUGGACAGCGGGCAACGGAAUCCCAAAAGCAGCUGUUGUCUCCAGAGCAUUCCAGCUGCGCUUGGAUUUCGUUCCCUGCUCUCCUGCCUGAGCAGCGUCCUGGGCCAGAAGGGGUGGGCGAGGCCCUGACCCCAGACACUUCAUUGGGUCGUUCUGGUCUCCAUCCUUCUCUCAGGUGCGCCCUCAGGCUGGAAAUGAGAGGGGUAGACGCCUGGGCGGUGGUCAUCUCUGGAACCCGGGGUAGCAUUGGUGAGGGAGGGAGGGCAGACCCAGGGCCUCCGGAUAGGGCUGCAAUGGCGGUGAGUCCCACAGGGCCGCCCCAGCCCGCAGCUCGCUAAAGAUAGCCCUUCACUUCCUGGGGAAAAACCACCCCAACCGUCUUCGUGUACCGAGAGUAGCUGAAAUCCCCAGCUGGGUCUCCAGCCCCAGCCCUGAUAACAGCUGUUCCAGAUGCACGCCUGCAGCAUGGAAAGUGCUUUGGAAUGACACGAUCACUCCCGUUGAGUGGGCACCCAAGAAGCCAUCGGGAAUGUCGUGUCCGCCCAGUGCUCUUUCGGCACCUCCCCGGAGGGCUUACCCUACCCCUAGGGGCCCCCUCCUGAGUUCUGAGCACUCUCGCUGCCCCAGGGCAGAGAUCACGGUUUCCCGGCGCUCUGUGCUGAAUCAGUGUCAAUUUCAUUAAAGGAAAUGGGGAUUUAAGUUAUGUUGAAGUGAAACAUUCAGGUGCCAUCAUGGGAUAGGGAGCUUUCUGAGGCAGAGUAGGGUGCUCCAGUUGAGCCUAAACCAGGACGCGAGAGGACCCCUGAUAAAGUACACCACCAGGUUAAAGGAGAAACCUUUCAAGCCUGGCAACUCUGGAAACCACCAUGACAAUUCUGAUUCCUCAAGAACCAGGAGGAGAAUCCCGGUAAUUCUAUCAAUGGACAUUUAUCGGUAAUAAAGACAACCCACAUCUCAAAGGAGGAAAUGCUUGCAAAUAACCUGAAACCGCAGAACACGAAUUAUUUUUUAAAUUAAAAAAUUUUUAAAGUAAGUCAUGAAGGUAGCAAUGUAAGUUGCCCUAUUCCGGUGACAAUUCGUUUGGAACUUUAACGUUUUUUUCAUGCGUAAAAGGAGUGAAAUGAAAUGUUAUCACAAAUACAGAGAUGUUAGAUUUCGAUGAGGAAAGAGCCCCACCAGGUCGCGAGAAUCCUUUUCCUGGUUUCUAACGCAGGUGACGGCGAAAGAGCCCUAGGCCCAGGAGAACCCCGAAAUUUAGGACCCAGGACCAAGCAGGGCAGGUGGGCCACGGUGGGACCGUCAGUCGAAAGUGGCCUCCACGACUCCCCUUUGGUGCACCUGCCCACUGGGGAACCGGAUCCCCGCCCAGUCAUUCGCUCCGCCCGGAAGUUCGAGCUCCCAAAAUGUUGUUUCCGGUUCCGCUCGCGCCUUCCGGUCCCCAUGGCGACAGGGCGUCUUGGGGUGGAGGAGACUCUGGGGGCUCUCAAUGCGGCCCUGGGACCUGGCGGCCCAGUGUGGUUCAAGGAGACGCGCGCCCGCCACCUGCGUGCCCGAGACUUCCUGGCGCCGCGGCGCGCGCUACAGGCGCGCUUUGGGGAGGGACAGGUGCCCGAGCAUGUGGUCCGCGCUGUGGUCGACCUGCAGGGCCCCGGCGUGGCCCCAGUGCUGCGCUGCGAGCCGACCCCCGCUGGCCUGGCGCUCCAGCUGCAGCGGUCCGCCGUCUUCGAGCGCGUGCUCGGCGCUGUGGCCGCCUAUGCCGCGCCCUCCGCGCCCUCCGCGCCCGCCGCGCGGGAGCCGCGCGUCCUCCUGCACUGCCCGUCGCUGCGCGCCGCGCCCUGUGCAUUCCGCCUGAGCCAGCUGCGGGCCGUGCUCGUGGCCGACCACCUGGCGCGAGCCUUGCAGGUUCAUGGGGUGAGUGUGUGCCUAGUGCCCGCUGUGAGGGACCCGCACAUGUCGACUUUCCUGCAGCAGCUGCGGGUGGACUGGCCCGCUGCCUCGGAGCAGGCCUCAACUGAAGCGCUGAGGAGCCGCGCACUUGCAGAGUUUCCCCCUGCGGGUGCCAGGGGAGCCCUGCCCCACGGCGUCCUGGGCAGUGCAUGCCUGAAAGAGCUGGUGAAAGGACGGGGACACGCAGCUGGCUAUGACGCUAACCUGGACAACUGUCUGGUGACUGAGGAUCUGCUCUCCGUGCUGGCUGAGCUGCAGUCAGCUGUGCAGCACUGGCCUGAGGACAGCUCCCUAGGCCUGACUGCAGCCCCAGAUGCUGGUGCAGACAGCUGCGUGGUGGUACACGUGGUGAGCUAUGAGGAAGAGUUCCAGCAACAAAAAUUGGACCUGCUUUGGUGGAAGUUGGAUGACCAGGCUCCUCUCAGGCAGAAGCACCUGGUGUGUGGCCCAGUGAAAGUAGCUGGUGUGCCCGGCACCCUGACUGCCCCCGAGUACUACGAGCUCCGGCAUACCCAGGUGUGCAAGGCUUCAACACUGAAGCACAGCGGGGACCUGGCACAAGACCCAGCCUGGACAGAAACCUUCAGGGUUCUCUCUGUGGCGACCAUCAAGUUUGAGAUGCUCAGCAAGGCCCCACAGAGUCAGCUUCUCCUGAACCUGGCUGACAACAUUUCCACAAAGGGUACCAAGAGUGGCACCUUUGUCAUGUAUAAUUGUGCUCGUCUUGCCACACUCUUUGAGGGUUACAAGUGCAGCAUGGAACAAGGUCUGUACCCCCCUUUUCCACCUGUGAGCAGUCUGGAUUUCUCACUGCUCCAUGAAGAGGGUGAGUGGUUGCUGCUCUUCAACAGCAUCCUCCCCUUCCCAGACCUACUGAGCCAGACAGCAGCUCUGGACUACACAGCCCCGGGGCUCCACGUCACUGCACGCACAGAGAUGGUGUGCAAGUUCCUAGUGCAGCUCAGUAUGGAUUUCAGCUCGUACUAUAAUCGGGUACACAUCCUAGGGGAGCCUCGACCACACCUGUUUGGUCACAUGUUUGCCCGUCUGCAGCUUCUACGGGCUGUGCGUGAAGUGCUCCACGCUGGCCUGGCCGUGCUGGGUCUCCCUCCACUGAGCUACAUCUAA